AUGUACAGGGAAGCUGAUUAUUCUUCUUUUUACACACUAGACAUAACCGAUUCUCUUUCUAGUGCAAUCUACUCUCUUUUGCAGGAAUUCAAGGAUGUGUUCCCGAAGGAACUACCGAAAGGAUUACCUCCAAUUCGAGGCAUUGACCAUCAAAUCGAUUUUGUUCCUGGAGCAAUUCUACCAAAUCGACCAACCUAUAGAGCAAAUCCGGAGGAAACAAAGGAAAUUCAAAGGCAAGUCGAUUCCCUCCUUGAAAAAGAACAGGUUCGUGAAUCUCUUAGUCCUUGUGCAGUUCCAGUUAUUUUAGUGCCUAAGAAUGAAGGGACUUGGAGAAUGUGUACAGAUUGUCGUGCAAUCAAUAAUAUUACUGUUAAGUAUCGUCAUCCUAUUCCUAGGAAAUUUGUUGUUGUUUAUUUUGAUGAUAUAUUGAUCUUUAGCAAGUCUUUAGAUGAGCAUGUUGAGCAUUUGAAACUUGUUUUAAGUGCCUUGCGUGAAAAUAAACUAUUUGCUAACAUGGAAAAAUGUGUCUUUUGCACUCCUGAAGUUAACUUUCUUGGAUAUAUUGUUGGUGCAAAUGGCAUAAGUGUUGAUCCAGCCAAGGUAAAUGCCAUCUUGGAGUGGCCGACUCCAACCAAUGUGUCUCAGAGAAGCCCAUGGCGGAGGGUUGCUGGGACAUUUUGGCGUUGA